AUGGCCCCAACCCCCGGCCGCUGCCUCAUUGCCUUAUCCUCCCUCCUAACAGCAAGCGGGGGCUACAUCGCCGACUGGAACGAAACGCACGUCUUCAACCCGCAAUGGCCCCCACACGCGCGGUACCACAACGGCCAAACCAUGACGACCGGGCUGCUGCUGGGGCUGAGCUCGUUGUUCUACCUCUGUCAGACGGGCCAUCAUUCCCGGCAGGCAUUGUAUACCGCGGCGUGGUUGCCGGCGCUGCAUCUUCUGGCGAUGCUGAGUGGGAUUCUCUACCCCGGUGCACUGCCCGUUGAUCCUGCCUUUGGGGAAGGGUUCCCGCAGUUGUAUAUCUGUGGGACGUUGUUGGGGAUGAUUGGGAUUGGGGUGGGGUUGGAGGUGCGGAGGGUGGAUUCGCUUGUUCAUGUUGAUACUGCGAUUGGCGAUGCUAGGCAGUGUAAGUCGGAGUGA